AUGGCUAAGCUCCGUAGAGGCAAACGAGCAAUAUCCCGCUUUACUCCUGCAAUUCCUGACCAAUUGGGCCCCAAAGCAGCACACUUGCAAGAAAAUAAACCUUCAGAGCCGGUUCCCUCUGAGUUCUCCGAAGAUGGCAAUGUCGUUGCCAGGGAAAAAAAGGGUUAUGACCCUGAGCAUCCUGUUCGGGUUUAUUAUGAUGGGGUAUUUGAUCUCUUCCAUUUUGGACAUGCUCGUGCAUUGGAGCAAGCGAAAAAACUGCGUCCAUUCACGUACUUGAUUGCUGGAGUUUGCAACGACGAGCUUACCCAUGCCUUGAAAGGAAAGACCGUGCUAACCGAUCGUGAACGCUACGAAUGCGUACGACAUUGCAAAUGGGUUGACGAGGUCAUUGAGGGGGCACCCUGGAUCAUCACCAGUGAUUUUUUGGAAAAGCAUCAGAUCGAUUAUGUUGCCCAAGAUGCCACCCCAUAUCCAGCGGCCGGAGGCAUUUCAGAUGUUUAUGCCAGCAUCAAGGCUCAGGGAAGAUUUUUGCCAACGCAACGGACACAGGGAAUCUCCACAUCCGAUCUGAUUACACGCAUCGUGAGAGACUACGACCUCUAUUUACGAAGGAACCUUGAACGCGGUGUAUCCCCUUCAGAUUUGAACAUUUCAUUCCUCAAACAACGAGAGUUAAUUCUGAAAAAGUAUCUCGUUCGAAUUGGGGCAAUGAUUAAAGGGUCACGCCGUUCAAUAGAAAAAAAUUGGGCUGGGACGCAAUCUGAGCUGAUGGGCACUCUGGAUAGUUGGGAGCAGAGAUCUCAAGAACUCAUUCAUAAGUUUACAAAAAGCUACUCCGGGGCCAUGGUAAGGUUAUCAGCGUUUUAUUUUAUUCUGUAG